CUGAGGCACGAAGCGUAACAUCAGCGAUUCCCAGGACUUUUCUUCUCCAACAGCACCAUUGCUGGAGUGGACACAGUUCUGGAAACCUGCCAAGGCCCUGAUAUGCAUGCUGUGGCCUGUCACGUUUGUUCUCCACAGUAACAGGGAGGGAAGAAGAAGGAAAGCACAGGCAGCAUCCGAGUGAAACUGUACAGGCAGCAGGGUGAGAGAGCGAAACCUGCAGCUGUGCUGGCACACCUCCCUUUUGCUCCUCAGAUCAUACAGGUUUUGCUUCCUGAUCCAGACGGUGAAAACUUCAGCUCCGUCAGCUGGACUUCCCUCUAGCAGGACUGAAGGCCUGAGUCCAAGGAAGGGAAAGAGAUGUCUGAAGGGGAAAUCACAACAUUUACUGCCGUGACAGAAAAAUUUGAUCUGCCAAUGGGAAAUUACAAGAAGCCCAAGCUUCUUUAUUGCAGUAACGGAGGUCACUUCCUGAGGAUACUUCCCGAUGGCAAAGUGGAUGGCACAAUGGACCGACAGGACAGACACAUUCAAUUACUGCUCAGCACAGAAAAUGUGGGUGAGGUGUAUAUAAAGAGCACUGAAUCUGGACGAUACUUGGCUAUGGAUGCCAAUGGACACUUAUACGGCUCGCAGUUGCCAACAGCAGAGUGUUUGUUCCUGGAAAGGAUGGAAGAAAACCAUUACAAUACUUACACGUCAAAGAUGCACGCAGAUAAGAACUGGUUUGUUGGCUUGAAGAAGAAUGGAAAAAGCAAACUGGGACCGCGGACUCAUUAUGGCCAGAAGGCAAUUCUUUUCCUUCCUCUGCCAGUGUCACCUGAUUAGAUCACACCCCGCUCCCGCUUAGAAGUUAUCCUUUAAAAUUAAGCGGCCAGUAACCUUUCCGCUUUGUCCCCUCUGAUUCUUUCUCACACUGGAAACAAAAAAAGAUGGGACACAAAGUACAUGAGAUGAAAAACACACACUGAAUCUCUAAAACAUCCAUUCAGCCCCAACAAUAUCUUGGCAUACCAUAGCAUUACCUACAAAAUAAAUCAAUCAACAGUCCUAGAAAAGCAUUUAUCUUAGGGUACAGUUCCCAUAGCCAUAAACAGCCUAUAAUAAAGCUUCCCAUUUUGAAAGCACAUAUUUAGAACAUGUGGUCUGUUUCAAAGUUAUGUAAGACAGCUUUUAAGAAUACUUGCAUAUCUCACAGAAGCAUAAUCAAACAUACUUAAACUAUCCUACCGUUUAAAACAAAUAGACUGUAUACCAAGGACAAAGAAAAGCUAAUAUUUUCUUCUUUUAGUAAUAUUGCUUUGGUUCUUAUUUCUGAUGUAUGAAAUAUGUAUGUUUAUUUAUUAUGUAAAAGUGUAUUCACUUUAAGCUGUUCCAUUUUAACCAGAGACAAUAAUUGGUAUAGAAUAUAUAAUUCCCCACCCCCAAAUGGUUUAAAUCACAGGAGCUUAUUACAAUCAGACUGAAAAUUAUACAAGUCAAUCAGACUGAAAUCAGUGCUGUUUAAAUGUUUAACUGUGUGCCUAAAUCUCAUGACUUAAAAAUGUGGGUCCAUG